AUGUUCAGAGCCGUCUUCUUUGCUGCCUUUCUACUUGCAGGCGUUUUUGCAUUUCGUCUUAAAGACCUGCCAGGUUUGCAAUGUUUUGCUUUUAAUUUUCGUAACAAAUUCUCUUCAAUUAGUAUAGUGAAAAAUCCAUUAUGGUCCAGGCCAUGCCUAUUUCUAUUUUUAUAUGUCAGUCUACCUUUUAAACAAAAAAUACCAGUAGAGAAUGUUAAAAUACUCUUGGAGAGCUUUCCAGCUUUGAGGAACACCAUGUAAGCUACUAGCUUAAUUCCUUGGCUUCACACACACUCGACCAAACGUGCACCAUUUAUCCCGCCUAAUUUUAACGGUCCGCAACGAUAAUUAUAUUUGCCUCGAUCAAUAACAGCUUUGUUUAAGCCAACUUAGGUCGUUGGAAGUUGUUCAACCAUGUUGACGUGUUUAUAGUUUAAGGAAGAAAAAAGAUCAUUGAAAGUACGUUUCAAAUUUUUAAGCGAUGAAAAAACUCUUAACUUUUUUUGAUAGUAUUAUGUAAUUUCAGCGUAAUUUAUUCUUCUUAGUUUGUUCUUCAAAAAUUUGGUCUCCUGUGUGGUUGAAACCGUUGAACCGCAGAAAUAAGACCGUUGGAACUAAGAUUAAUUAUGAAUUAACUGUUGGAUUAAGUUCUUAAGCGAUGUUGAAGUAUAAGUUUGAAAAAUAUAUAUUAUUGGAAGCACGUAUAAAAAAAAUAAGAUUUUUAACUUNAAAUUUUUAAGCGAUGAAAAAACUCUUAACUUUUUUUGAUAGUAUUAUGUAAUUUCAGCGUAAUUUAUUCUUCUUAGUUUGUUCUUCAAAAAUUUGGUCUCCUGUGUGGUUGAAACCGUUGAACCGCAGAAAUAAGACCGUUGGAACUAAGAUUAAUUAUGAAUUAACUGUUGGAUUAAGUUCUUAAGCGAUGUUGAAGUAUAAGUUUGAAAAAUAUAUAUUAUUGGAAGCACGUAUAAAAAAAAUAAGAUUUUUAACUUUAAGAGUGACCUUCACUGGACAUGAAUUCAUAUUUAUUCUUCCUUUGUUCUCGGAAAUUUUGGCUCUCAGGCAGUUGCAGCCGUUUGAACCACCGUAAAUGACCACGAAAAAAUGUUUGUCUACAGGCUCUCACUCUUUCCCUUCUCUCUCCUCGCGAUUUUUUCACCCUUUCCCCAAACAGAAAGGCUUUUCACAGGCCAUCAAUAGCUUUGCACCUAACCUUGCGCUUCAAAACAUCCUCGCAUACCCAGGGGCAGGUAGUGGGGGCAAAGGAAAGUUUAAACGGGCAUUUUUUCCCCCCGCCCUUUUAGACUUUCCCUUGUCCCCACUAUCGCGCCGUGGGCAACUCGGAAACGGCCUAAUUUUGGCGGGUGCUUGCGGUCAUGUUUAGGUGUUCUUCUCAGGACAGAUUAAUAGCAUGUACUAGCUACUUGAGUGUGUUUUCUUUUGGUGCGGUUUUCUUUUCAACGAAUUGCCUUAAAAAAGUUGGCGAAGAUCAAUGAUGCCUUCUCAGACCUAAGAGAAAAAAAGAAAGAAAACUACAAGACAUUUGUUUUAAUUUUUUGGCUCCGUUUACACAAUUUUUUUAAUAUGGCAUACGUAGAAUGGCGAGAAGAAGAUGAGGGCAGACGAGAAAUGCCACAGGAACGAAGAUUUAUCCCGGAAUAUGAAGGUAAACAGAAUACCCGUUAAUCUUAGGCUUUGAAGAACUUUCCACAAAAUUGCAAAAAAAUAUAUCCGAUUUUAUAUGCAGUUUUCUCGAUCGGUUAGAACUCUAUAUCGGCACUUGCUAAUUAUGCACAUCAUGUAAUAUUUGAAUGAACAAUUAAAAAAUUAUCACUGGUAUUUCAUUAUUAUUAUUAUUAUUAUUAUUAUUAUUAUUGUUAUUAUUAUUAUUAUUACUAUUAUUAUUAUUAUGAAAUGUUUUUAAUUCGAAUAAUUUUUUUUAAUGAAAUGAAUUUUUUCUAAUCAAAAUAAAGUGGUUUUUAAUCCAAAGGAGUCGUAAAUAGUGUUUUGAAUGAAUAGUUUUUUAAGCGAAUUAAUUUUAAAUAGGAUUUUAAUAGUUAGCUUUGUUAUCAGCAAAUUAUUAUUAUAAAAGUUAUUUAUUAUUAUUAUUAUUAUUAUUAUUAUUAUUAUUAUUAUUAUUAUUAUCAUAAUAAUGUGCCUUAUAGUUAAUUUUUAUAUUCCCUUCUUAACUUCUGUAGAAGAAGUUGAUGAAGAAGACGAAGGAAGACCAGAAAUGCCGCUGGAACGAGAAUCAUUCCCGGAAUAUGAAGGUAAGCAAAGGAAAUAAAUUAAAAAGCAGCCGGUAAAAAACUUUUGAACUUCCUUUAUUUGCUAAAAUUAUGGUGCUUUCGCGAUGAGUGUGGAUUCUAUCAUCGGCAAUGGCAAGUUAUGCAGCUCUAGGAGCCUUCACCAGUCCUAGUUCAGCCAUCUUUGCUUUUAAACUGAGUUGCGGGUAAAAUUGUAUAUUUCAUCUUUUUUUUUUGAGUGUCGAUUCCCGGAUUCUCCAUUCAAGACUAAGACUCUGUUUACAUGGAGUGGGGGACCCCGGUCUAGUGGGGUAGUUUUCUUUUGUUUUGUGUCCCCCAGAGCGUGAAAACAAAAGAAACCAACCCCAUUAGACCGGGGUCCCCUACUCCAUGUAAACAGGCCCUAAGGGCGCCUUCCAUUUGUCAGAACUGACUGGCAAGGACUUUUCCUUCGUUAUGAGAAUUCUAUUUUUAAUCAAAGCUAUUCAGCCAAAUCAGUCAAAUCCUAAAUUGUAUGCACGAAGGAAAUCGUUUUUCAUCAACAACUCUUGGAAAAAGCCGAAAAUAUAGGACUCAGUAAAUUGAAAUGGCCUUGAGUCGGCAAGAUGAAGUGAAUCCUCUGUUCUCAUUGGCUAUAUCACAUCAGGCUAGGAUUUCCCAGUUCGGUCCCGCAAGAAAAAAGCUCCCUUGACCGUAUAAUAAAUCAUUUAUCCGCGCGCGACCAAACUUGUUUGGUCAAUCAAUAACGCAUAAAAUUCAUCUUAUCAUAACAUAACAUUUAAAGUGAAUAAUAAAAAAGUUAUUGUUAUUGAGAGUUAAUUGUUGCUAUCGUAAUAUUAGAGACCUUUACAGUCGAAGACUUUCAAGAGAUUUUUCGCUUAUUCUCAAGAAAUAUACACCCCCGAAAGUUUCAUCGUCCUUUUUUUUAUCAUAAACGUUAGCACGGUUAUUUUAAUUGAAGGAUGUUAAGCCCUCUCGCGAUCGCAAAAAUGAUAAAACUUCUAACGUUUUAUUAGUUGUUUUAGUCACUACUACAUUCUUGCUAAAACUCGCAGUAUAAUGACCACAGCUCUAUAGCGUUUUCCCACCAAAAUAACACUGUUUAACGCGCGCGCACGACUCAGUAUUGAGAAAACCUCGUCCCCGUGUUUCCUGGUACUAGAAACUUUAGCUCUUUACUACUCGUACCCAGGUCUCUUGUCGACGAAGAGAUCUGGGAACGAGAUAAAAUAUUCCUUUCCCUGAAUUUCUAAAACUGUAUUUUAAAAGUUUUGCAUAUCCCUGGAUAGAUCAGAGAGAAGAAGAUGAAGGCAGACCAGAAAUGUUGUUGGAACGAGGAUUAGUUCCGGAGUAUGACGGUGAGCAAAGGAAAUUUUAAAAAAAGCAGCUGUUUUUAGUCCAUAAAACUCAAGGAUAAUGCGUUGUUUUUCAAUCUAUUAGCGGAAGAAAUUAAACCAGCUGUUUUUAGACCAUAAAAGUCAAGAAUAAUGAGUUGUUUCUCACUCCUUUCUCAGUUCUAUCAGCACUGGCAAAGUAAGAUGCGCUCUUAAUGACAAAUAACUAGUUCUUGAAUGUUAUUUAAUGUUUAGGCUGCCUUUACACGGCACCGUACGAAUUUUCGACCGGCUGCAAAAUUUUGCUGGACACUUUGUUUACACUAACUCAUGACGAACCAGUCAGAGGUUUAAUAUGCCCAUACGCAGAGUGCUACUUUAGCAAAUCCAAAAUCUCGUCUCUAGGCUGAGUUAAGGCGCCUCCAUGCAACCACGCCUUUUUGGUACAAAAAUAUAGACAGUUAUGGUGUUCACACCGGACCGGUAAACAUUUUCCAUCGUUACAGGUAAACGUUUGUACUCGAUUUUGGCGCCGUUCAUAUUUUCGUUCCGUUUAGGUGCCGGUUUUUCCGAGUGAACGGAAUACCAAGACCCCCGAGUUUUCAACCAGUGGAAAAUUCGUCCGGUAACUUCCGGUGCCUAUGAACGUGACCUUAUUACUUUUCAUGUAUAAUAACGAGCGUAAGUUGUUCAUGCAAUAUAGUCCGUUUUUAAUGUGCCGAUGGACUUUCAUCAAACUCCUGAACCAACGAAACGCUGGCUCUUCUUCUUCUCUAAGGAAAACGGUGUUAGAGUUUCUACUAAUGAAACAAUCUUGAACUGCUUAAGCCGCAUACGCAAAACUCUUAUUUGUUAAUUGUAAACAUAUUGACAUUCAAGGUGGCCUCUCCCAGGAGCCGGAUGGUUUCUUGAGGUCUCCUCGCUAGAAAAAAAUCUGAGGCAAAUAAAUGAUGAUGAUGCCAAAUGACUUGUUUGACCAUAUUAGUCUUCUUAUCGCAUACGUGGUAUAUCUAAUCAUAUGCCCCCAAAUGCCCUGGUGAUGCCACACACUGUCAAUUGAUUAAUUAAAUGAUACGUUUUUCCUUCCCCCUACCUUGGAUCUCUCAACCCUCUUCUUCUCUGCCUUCUUUUUCAGAUGACCCAGAGGUCUAUAGAGACACUGCUUGGUUACUGGACAGAAUAUUUAUGGACGGAGGUCAGUUGUCAGUCUUGCGGCUCAUUAGUGCCUUUAGGCUUUAUAGAGCUUCGUUUUAAUUAGACCGUUCACAGACGCUCUAAUUUCUCAGCUCAACGUGAACUUUCAGGAACGGUGAAAAUCGCGCAAUAGGCCAUUUGCACUAUGACAUCGAUAUCAUUUUACCACUACGACCAGAAUCCUUCAGCGUUUUGCUUUCUUGUGCAAAUUAGGGCUUUUGUGAUUCAAACCUCGCUGGGAUUACAAAAUUUCAAUAUGAAAGGAAAAACGAAAUGGAUUCUGGUCGUAGUAGUAAAAUGACGCCAUUGUGCAAAUGGCCUAUAGGAACGCGAGUGCAAAACGCAAAAAGAUUGCCUCAGUGUCAGGAGUAAAGUUGGUGAAUUUUUCUCACUUUCCGUCACCCAGCCCCUCGCAGUGCGCUUUGACAAACGUGUUUGGUUCACGCAUAUCUUCUUAGUAACUCUCAAACAUUUUGUUUGCAAGUCAAGCGUUAGUGUUUCACGAACGGCCGAUGAAGCGCUGAGAAGUUAUGCCUGUUACAAAGGCUAAUUCGCACUUUUAUGGAUCACAAAUGCGAGAAAAAAAAGGAUAAGUAUAUAUUCUCGCAAAAAAUGUUGAGCCAGUCGUUUGACUUCAUGGCUUUCGCGUAAAAACCUUUCGCAAGUUAAAUAUGACCAGCGUGUAAGGCCUAGUAAGCAAUACGUGAGCAUUCCGCUAAAGUAAUUUUGGCGAUUUUUUGUAUUAUAUUGUUGUUGAUGUUUGUUUGUUUUUACUGUGCAGCCGAAGUCGUCGCUAUACCACCUAUUGUGAAAUACAGAUUUGGAAGUGGAAACAAACAGGAGGUAUCGUAUGAUUAACGCUUUCCUUUUUUAAAAAUUAUCAUUUGCUUCAAGCGACGUACACUGGACUUUUUUCUGUGCGAAGUUUAGGGGCGUGUAUUUGGGUGACGUCACAGCUACCUGUAGUGCCAAGGCUUUACCAGGUCAGCAAUGCCUAUAGCUAUAGCACAACACCUAUAGCGGUCUCUUCCCUGCCCAUUCAAUCUCACCCGCCAUUGCUAGAAAACCUUGUCUUCUUCGGUAAAAUUGCGGGUAUUGCGGGUACCUUGUUUUGUCUAGUUUUGUUUAAAGUAAGACCGUGUUUUGUUUUUUGUUUUUGUCUGUUUUUUCCUUACCGUAAAAUAAGGUACGUUUCGUUAUCAGCUUUGAUAACCGGUUUUCUCCCCCUUAUUACGACAAUUUAUAAGGCCAGGGACCCGUUUCUCGACCCUAGAACGAGGUUGGAACUUCUAGGUAAGUUGACGGGCUCGAAAUCAAUAUUCACAUCAAAACACUAAAGAACAAAAGCGUGGGUCCUAGUUAAGAAACCAGAAACCAGUUUGAUGUUUGUUUAUUGAAAACGCGAUCUACUGUAUUUAUUCGAUUAACCGCCCUGGGCGCUUAUUAAAUUUUUGGACCUUGAGAGUGGGCGCUAAUUCGAGGUGGGCGCUUAUUCGAGGCUGGGCGCUUAUUAAAUUUUUAACAUUUUCAGCAAGUGUAGCAUGUUUAGUUUGCAACAAAACAAUAAAUAGUAAAAAGAAAACGCGAAGAUGUAACAAAGCAAGGUUUCUGUAAAAUACUUUGAAGAAAGUCUCUUAUUAGUACUUAUUCAAUUUUUGUAGGGUGUGAGGGGAAAGGAGGUGGGAUGGGGGUGGGCGCUUAUUAACUUUUUCUGCCUUUAGGAUGGGCGCUUAUUCGAGGUGGGCGCUAAUUCGAGGUUGGGCGCUUAUUCGAAUAAAUACGGUAUUAUAAUGUAAACGACAAAGGGUUUUCGGGCCUGUUAAAAAUCGAAUAUUGAGAGAAACGGGCCUCAGGCUUCAUACCCAGUAUUAUGGUGUAGUCUGAAAACCUAACUUCAUUUUAGCGUGUUUAAUUUAUUCUACCCUUAUUUCUGUGCGUAGUGUGUGGAUGGAAAGAAGUCCAUACCAGCCAAUUGCCAGUGGACUGGUAUGGUGGUACUGAACGAAACCGUAGGCCCCGAAGAACUUAAACUGACGGUGGCUAAGAAGUACUGUACUCAAGCUGGGCUAACUAAGCCAGACAACGAAAUUAUAGAUUGUGAAGAAUAGUAGUUUGGGCGUUGUAUGAAAACACCUCUUGUCAAAG